AUGCGAGGUGGUCUUAGUGGUGACGGUGGUGGUGGUGGCGCCAGAGAUGGUGGAGGUAGUGAUGGGGGAUUAGGUGAUGGAUUUGGAUUUGGCGAGGGUCAUGGAUCAGGUGAAAAUGAUGGAUUUGGCAAAAUUGUAGAGGGCCUAAUUGGUGGCGGUGGUUGUGGUGGUGGAGGAGGAAGAGAUUACCGCUUCGGUUCAAAUGGUGGUGAAGGCGGCGGUAGAGGUGGUGGUGAAGGAGGAGGUAGUGAUGGAGAAUAUAGUUUUGGCAUUGGAUAUGGUGAGGGUCAUGGAUGGGGAGAAAAUGGUGGUGGUGGUGGUGGUCAAAAUCGUGGUAGUGGUUUGGUGUGA